UCGUGCCCCUGGCUCCGUCCUGCCCCGGGAGCGCAAGCCCCGCCCCUUCCGCCCGGCCACCCUGAAAUAAUUGCUAGGAAGGCCUCUGUAGCCAUGGCGAGUUCUGACGUGAAACCGAAAUCCAUAAGUCGCGCCAAGAAAUGGUCAGAAGAGGUAGAGAACCUGUACAGAUUCCAGCAAGCAGGGUAUCGGGACGAGAUCGAGUACAGACAGGUGAAGCAAGGCGCUAUGGUAGACCGCUGGCCAGAGACAGGCUACGUGAAGAAGCUUCAACGGAGGGACAAUACUUUCUACUACUACGACAAGCAGAGGGAGUGCGAGGACAAGGAAGUCCAUAAAGUGAAAGUUUACGCCUACUGACCUUCUCAUUCCUUUGGCUUGUCAAUCUUAUUUUAAGAAUUCAUUGUUAACA